GAGAAUGAGUGAGGCAGAAGUCAGUAAGAGUGAGAGAGAAAGGCAUCCCUCUAAUUCCUCAAGAGGGGCUGUUGUAUCAAACGUAGUAAGUGUGAGAAUAGGAGGAGAAGGCGGGACGGACUGACGGAGGGGCGUACAGAGGUCUGGGCCACUUCUAAAGAGCUGAGACCCAAAACGCUGCGGCUGGAGAGGUCGACUGCAGUCGGGGAGAGAACAUCAGGUGAAAGGACGAAGCCCUUCAGUCUGAGAAAUAGAGGAGGGGGACCGACACGGACUUAUCCCUGACGGACCGACGACCCUUCACAGUGCAGAGAGGGAACAAGAGAUUACGUCUACAGGAGGUCAGCAUACCACUACUACACGAGCUGGUCACAACUUCAUUACGGAAAGUGUGAAGGAAUCUGAACUGAUACAGAGGAAAAACCCAAAGCCAAAACGCAGUGGAGAUUUGAGGAAAGACAGGAGAGAGAGAACAUUUAAAGCUUGUCCACCUGCUUGAAGAAGUGGAGAAAGAGAGUGUUUCACUGGAACUUAAGGAGAAGAGAAGAGAGAAGACGAGAAGGAGAAGAGAAGCGAGAAAGAGAAGAGAAGAGAAGAGAGAAGAAGAGAAAGAGAAGAGAAGGAGGAGAGAGACAAAAAGGAGAAGAGAAGAGUGAGGAAGAGAGAGAGGCUCUACCAGGCUGCACGUCAAUUUGACCAUGAGUGUGAUCGGUACACUGGAGAAGGGGGCCCACCACCAGGCUCUGGAGCUCUCCGAGGAGCUCUCUCCCCUCAACCACCACCACCCUCACCACCACCACCUCCAGCACUCCAACUCUCUGGCCUCCAGCGCUCCUGUGGGGACCCCCUCCGGCGUGGUGGUGCCUCCCCCGUACUCUGCAGCUGAGAGUGGGGGAGGUGGUAGUGACGCUCCCCUGGAGCUCCGAGGCUCUCUGGACUGCUGGGCGUGCUCGGUGCUGGUGACGGCCCAGAACCUGGUCAUCGCUGGGAUCAACGCCUGCCUGGCCGGACUGGUGUUCGGACUCAUCCUCACCCCCGCCAUCGCCAUGGUGGUGUUCGGGUUCCUCUGUCAUUCUACGGUGCGCCCUCAUGGGACGUCCCGCUACUGCUCGGACCUGCUGAAUGACGGUGGCUGUGUGGCCCUCCUGGUUGUGGGUUUCCUCCUGGUCACACCCCUCCUGGUCCUGGCUCUGGCCGCCUACUGCCGCCUGGCCCGCCACCUCCAGCUGGGCCUCUGCUUUAUACCAUACUCCAGGGCUAUCUACAAGAACCUGCCCGCCACACAGCACCCUGGCCUGGGAGGGGGCUGCUGUGGAGGCAGUGGCGCUGGAGGGGAGGGAGAAGGGAAGGGUAAGGUCUGGGUGUGAGAGGGUGGGGAGAGGGAGCGAUGUGAAGGAAGGUAGUUUCAAGAUCUAUGUAUAGUGGGAAGGGAGCGAGGAUGAGCGAGGGUGACACACAAAGAGGAAGAAAAAGAGGGAGAGAGAAAGAAAGGGUGAGGAAGAGAAGGGAGCGCGUGGAGGGAAAGGGAGAGCCAAGAUGAGGAGGGAGACAGGAGGACAGAAUGGUGUUAGAGAAGGGAGGAGAAGGAGGAGAAGGAGGAGAACAACCACAGCAGCCAAACUCUUAUCUGGGAAGGCUUCAGUAUAGGCGCCACAGUAAACCGUUCCUCUGGUGUUCAACCAAAGUAACCUCCUCACUACCACGUUUUAUACAACCAAUUUCAUGUAAAAGUUAUCUGUCAACAUGUGUGGUUUACUGUGAGAAAACUUUUUCGCAGACCAAAAAGGAGCAGAAUUUUUUUACACUGUUCUGGAGUUCGAGGGCAAGAUGGAGAACAAGUGAUCAACAGCAAACAUCUCAACCACACGGCAGGCAAAGUGUCGUUUCUCCAGUGAAACACUGCACAUUGUAUUAAAGGACAUACUAUCACUGCCAUGUGUUGACAUCCCAUAUAUUAUUAACAUUGAUUCAACACAGUAUCUUUAAGCAUUUACCACCAUGAAUAGAGUUUUGUGCAUUUAGUUGACUCUGGUUUAUGACUGCUACUGUUUCUUGUGUAUUUCCUCUUUUCAAAUAAAGUCUAUUUGGAAUCA